CUUAAACACCGCAAGGGUGUGCUUUCGUUAACGUUUUACCCUAAUUAUAGUCCGAUAAACCAAGCUAAAGAUGGUUUGCUCGUGAUAACAACGAAUUAAGCUUUGAAACGCGUAAAAUCGCUGCUGGUUCGCGGGGUCACGUUGGCAGCCCGCGCUUUUGACGUUUGACGUCCACAAUAAUAAAGAAAGUGGGUUGUCUGAGAGUUGAUGACUCAAAAUAAGUGUUAUGACCGCUUAAUUAGUUAGUUUGUGGCCAUGGUGGGUAAAAUCGACCCGGAAGAGUGCCUGCGUGAUUCCCCCAAGUUCAGGAGUCUUCUGGAGGAGGAGGAGGCCAGUGUUGAUCAGCUGGAACAGAAGCUGGAGAAGAUCCUGAAAGUAUGUGGGACGAUGGUCGAUUCGGGCAAAACAUAUGUGGCCCAACAAAGUUUGUUUGCGAACAGUUUGUGGGAGUUGAGCGCGCAUUUUCGUGAGGAUUCCGCUGUUCUGGCCUCGCUUAAUAAGUUGAUUCAGAGCUUGCAAGAAAUGAACAAGUUCCAUACUAUCCUUCUGGACCAAGCCUCAAGAACCAUACUUAAGAAUCUCACGUCGUUUAUCAAAAAUGACAUAAAAACCGUUCGCGAUUAUAAGCAACACUUUGAGAAAAUCUCUUCCGAAUUUGACAACGUUUUAGUGCGCAAUUCGCAAACUCCCAGAAGCAAACAGCAGGAAGUUGAGGAAAUGCAGAAUGUUUUAUUGGCGGUACGGUCCUGUUUCGGGCACCAGGCCCUCGAUUACGUCAACAGUAUUAGUUUGCUUCAGACGAAAAAACGGCACGAGAUUUUGAGCACGUUGUUAUCAUAUAUGCACGCCUGUACGGCUUAUUACCACCAAGGUUCCGAUCUGUGUGCCGACUUGGAGCCGUUUUUCAAAGAAUUGGCCGAUGAGAUCGCCGAUAUGCGCGAGGAAACCACAACCGUUGAAAAAGAAUUAGAGAACAGACACGCUUCUGUUAAUAAUAUUGAAAUAAUUACACCGAAAAUCGGGAAAAAUUUGCCUAGGAUGGAAGGUUAUUUGUUUAAAAGGACCUCGAAUGCUUUCAAGACUUGGAACCGGCGUUGGUUUUACCUCUAUGACAAUAAAUUAGUUUAUAGGAAACGAUCUGGUGAAGAGGCUGAGACUGUGAUGGAGGACGAUUUGCGUCUUUGUACCGUUAAACCGGUCCUAGAUGGGGAGAGGCGGUUUUGUUUUGAGGUUUUGUCACCGUCUAAGAGUCAUAUGCUCCAAGCCGACUCUAAGGAAAUGUACGAAGCUUGGAUUGCUGCGCUUCAAAAGGGCAUAGGUGCAGCUUUUCAACGCAUACAUAGUAUUGAAUGUAGUAAUAAUGCCAGUGGGCAAUCGAAUCAUUCUAACGACGAACAAAGCGGACAUUCCGUCGCCAAUUACAAUAAUAAUAAAAUUAAGAAAAUAAGAAUGUGGGAGCAACUUUUGAAAAUCCCCGGCAACAACUACUGUUGCGACUGCGGCAGUGCCAACCCGCACUGGGCGAGCAUAAACCUGGGCAUAACCCUCUGCAUAGAAUGCUCGGGGGUUCACCGAAGUCUGGGCGUCCACUACAGCAAAGUCCGCUCUCUAACCCUCGACGACUGGGAACCGGAAAUCAUCAAAGUGAUGGUCGAACUGGGCAACACCAUCGUAAACCAAAUCUACGAGGCCCAAGUUCCGGACGAUUUCGUCCGCGCCACUCCAGACUGUCCCGGAACAAUCCGGGAGUCGUGGAUCAAGGCGAAAUACGUCGAUAAAAAAUUCGUCAAGAAUUUGCCACAUUUCGACAGUCAACAGCGCACCUCGCGGGCCAGUUUGAUGGAAAUCCGGAAGUGGAGUGUCCGGAAAAUCCGGCGACGGCCCCGGAGCUGCGAUAAUGCGAAACGAAGGGCUAAAACACAGUUUAAGUCACAGGAGGAUGUUUCGAGAGAUCGUAUUUCGGAGACUAGUGAGAGUAGCGAAGCGGAGACGGGGAAUCGGGGGGUUUUGCUGUUUGGCGAUUUGGAUAAGCAGCCGCUAGAUGGCACGAUUGAUUUGAGUAGUGACCAGGAGUCGACGGCUGGGGAGGGGGAGGACACGGUCGAGGAGGAAGAUAUAGAUAAACUUCACCCGAAUUUGCUGCUUUAUAAAGCCGCGGUUGCGCAUAAUUUGCCGGUUAUGUGCGAGGCUCUUGCUUUAGGGGCCGAUAAACAGUGGAUUAAUCUCGAGGAUAGGGGGCGCAGUCCGAUACAUCAAGCGAUUUUAAGUGGGUCGGUAAUGCCUUGCGCUUACUUGAUUCUGAACGGUGCUAAAAUCAACGCCCAGGACCAAAACGGCAAAACGCCGCUGCAUCUCGCGACACAGGAAGGGCACACGGCCCAGGUUUGUCUUUUGUUGAAACACAGGGCCGACCAGCACCUGGAGGACGACGAGGGGAAGGUCCCUUUGCAGAUGGCGGAGCAGAAGGAGCACGCGGACAUUGUCACUCUGUUGCGCUUAGGGCGUCUCAACGACGAGAUGAAGGAAUCCGAGAACGGAUUAACAGGCGACAGUAUGUUUAACGACGUUGUUAGGGAUUUUUCGCAACUUGCGUGCUCGCAUCCUGAGAGACUACAACGACAGAAAAUCGACAACAAAUGAUCGAAUUUAUUGCGGCGGGUUUUUCGCCGGUAAUUUUAUCACGUUUAUACUCAUUCCAAUUUUUUUAAUAAUGCCUUGAGGAAGUUUUUAUAAUUGCCUUAACAUGUGAUAUUAGCAUUUUUUUACUUCCGAAAUGCCAAAUUUUUUAUAGCUCAAUGAUGUGCUCAUGUUUUGACAGUUGUUUUAUAAUGACCUCUAAUGAACAGUAGCUGUAAUUGUACCUACAAGCCAGACUUUAUACUCAACCAAGCUUGUAGGCGGUGUAAUAAAAACUGACCUAAA